ACACGAAUGCUCACACAACACGCGCGCGCUUCAAACCCGGAUGGAUGACUUCACCGUUCUGCCUGGGUUUCCUUUAUGAUCCCGGGAUCUCCCACUUCCCUCACCAGACACCAGCGAGCAACACUGGCGAACACAACUCUCCCUCUCUCACUCACACGCCGUCUCUCCCUGCAGCUGCAACACAUCCAGAGACCACAACGAGACCACAACAACAACCGAACCUCACAGUCCAAACCGAGGAGCACUCAGAAAGGAUCCCAGCAGGAGAAAAAUAACAACCGCUGCAGCUUGCACGAAAAAAAGGGAAUCUACAGCUUCAUUGAGCAUAUACAGUCGCAGAGGAAGACUUUUGUCUACUUCAUAUUCACGCUGGUGAUCCUUCUCCGUCGUGCCACAAUGUCCGAGGUGCUGCCAUACAACGAGGGGAAAAUGAGCGGCUAUGGGGCAGACAGCGAGGUCAGCCAGAUGUCCUAUAGCUGCGGACUGCAGGACACGAGCGCCUUUUUUGCUGCGUCGCAGGCGAAAAGACCCCCAAAGCUUGGACAGAUCGGCAGAGCCAAGCGAGUGGUCAUCGAGGACGACCGAAUAGACGAGGUCCUGAAGGGGAUGACAGACACGUCUUCACCCGGCGUUUAAAUGUGAGCGAUGCCUUGCAGACUUUUUAAUUUUGAUCACCGAUUUGAAGCACUUGUCGGCUGUGCAUGUUCGAGGAUUGCAGGAGAAACACGACGGCACGAAGCGAGGAUGGUGUGACUGACGGAAGGCAAUGAAAAAAGGGCCAAAGGCGGCGGGGGAAUGGAGAAGGCUUAAAGGAAGAGAGAUGUUGAAGAGAGCGACGAAGAAAGAAAAAGCGAUAGGGACAGAGACUCUGGAAAAGACCAAGAUUUUUCAUAGGAUUGCUGGCAAUUCUCCAAACGACUCCCGAUUUUAACUAUUGCUGCGCAGCAAGAUGUUGAGAUGGCGGACACCGCUCAACCUCUGCUGACUUUAAUGAUGGAUGAACUUGUCAUUACUUCACGACCAUCUCUUUUUCCUUUCCAACAGCGCUGUAAGCAACAGAAUACUGCAACUGGAGGCUGAUGCUAAAUCCCAGCCCUAUUUCAAUAAGUUGUACAGUACAGUAGGUAGGCUAAGCUCUCAGACGUCCCCCCUUCCUCCCCCCCCUCCCCCUCCUUUAGGCUUUGCUUUGUUGAUUCGGUCAGCGACGGUGCAUUCAAGGGAGCUGUCCUUUCAGCACUGGUCCAAUGCAUUCCUGUUGCUGCUAUCGCUUUUUAAAAGCAGACCAACCAAACUCUCGAGCCUGCUAACUAGAGGAGACCCAUUGUAUGUAAAAACAUAUAUUCGAGGAUGGUGCAAUGUUAAUAUUUUCUGUAGUAGAAGCCCUGUUUGCUCUUGGCCUUUAAAAGAGUAUUAGGCCACAGAUUAAACCUGAACCACAGGCCACAUUCUUCUUCUUCUUCUUCUUGCAUUACCCAUCUGUGGUUAAAGGUGCGACGUGUCACCUUCAUGUAGCUGAUUUACACCUGCACAUAUCUUUUUUUCCCUCUCCUCCUUUUUUUUUGUAUUUCAAAUACUCUGAUAUCUACAGAGGCCAGCAAAGAUGUGGAGAAUAUAGUAAAUGUUUUAAGCAAAAGUCAUGAAAUCGAUGGAAAAAAUAUAUAUUCUUUCCAAUAAUAUGGGUAUUUUAAUUUUGCAAAUAUUUGUCUUUCGUCUUCUAUACGUUUUUUCUCCAUCUAUUUGCAUGAACUUUCACUCCGGUGCCAAUGUAGGUGCCACUACUCUUACCCUGGCACGCUUCUUUUUAACUAAAGUCAUAUUUGUAUUUUUAUAUCUAAAUAUUUGUUAUUUAAAUUAUAUGCUAGUCUAUCGUCUUACAAUUCAUCAACAAAAAUAUUUCUACUUCAGAGAGGAUAUACAGAAUGAGACUAGGCUUCAUGGAGGCAAAGCUAAGAUUUUGGUGGACUGGUCUCAUUCUAUAUCAGAGGUCGGGCGUUUUUUAAAGACUAACUGAAUGUGUCUGGGGUUUUUGCACACAUCAAUGUUAAACUAUUAUUAAGAAAUCGUAUACUGUGACUUGAGCUUCGUUGAUGAAUUUUGUUAGAAAAAUGGCAAGUUUUAGAGUAUAUUGCACUGUUUACGAGUAUCUUCAAAUAACAUGUUGUUAUUUGACCGAUUUUGGACAUUACAGUUUUUGUUUUUUUUAUUUUUAUUAUUUUGUACCAUUAUUUGAAAGAAACUGGAUAUGGUUUGUCGUGCAUGAAACCUUAAUAUUUUCAAUAAUGAAACAUUGUUUUAUGAAGCAAAAAAGCAACACAAAUGUCAUGACAUUCUAAGAAUGAGUCAUUGUAUAUUAUGAUGCCAUUUUCACUGUAUUUGGUGAAUUAAUAAAUGGUGAAAGAACAUGUAAA